GAGAACCCACAGCGAAUCCAAUUUUUCUUGUAUUCUACAUAGUUGUCAAGAUACAACAACAUACCCAACGUAGCAAACUGCGCAAGUUUUACAAUUCUGGGCGGACUCCUGUGCGAAGGAGCAGCCCAAGAACUAGUUGAAGUAGACGUUGCGCGGUGGAGCCUAGAAAUCUAGGUGUCUGACAAGCUGCUGGACUCAAAUGAACUUCAAUAGCAAGCGGUCGGUGACCGACGAACAAAAUGAGCGGCACAAGCGUAUGCUCGCAGCCAUACUCAAGGAGGAGGGCAACAAGAGCUGUGCGGACUGCAAGACACGCAACCCCACCUGGGCGAGCGUGAACCUCGGCGUAUUUGUGUGCCUGACCUGCUCUGGCAUCCAUCGGUCGCUUGGCGUGCACAUCUCCCAAGUGCGGUCCUGCAACCUGGACACCUGGCUUCCGAAGCAGGUGGAGUUCUGCCGCGUCAUGGGAAACGUCAAGGGGAACCGGUACUGGGAGUCGCGCCUGCCCAAAGACUUCCGCAGGCCGCCCAGCGGCAACCCCAACCCCGAGCUCGCGGCUUUCAUCCGCGCCAAGUACGUUGACCGCGCCUAUGCGGCCACGGACGUGGCGCAGCCGCCCACCAUCGACGACUACCUGGACCACCCCUAUGCAAAGGACGACCCGUCCAACUCCUCAGCCGCGUCCUCAGCGAGCGCCGCUGCCACCACCGGCGCGGCCGGCACGUCGCUGCUCCGCGGCACGCCCAACAAGGCCUCCGCCUCCAGCCCCGCGCUGACCAUGGACCUGCUGGGCGGCUUCGACGAGCUAGCCAGCGGACCCUCCUGCUCCUCCGCCACCGCGGCCGCGGCGCAGCAGCAACAGCAGCAAGCGGCAGCAGCCAACAACGACCCAUUCAGCGCCUUUGGCACCUUCGUGUCGGCGCCACCGGCCUCCUCGUCCGGCACCGGAGCCGCCGCCGGCCUGGUCGCGCAGCGCAACUCACUGGAGUGGACGGACUUCCAUAGCGCGACGGACUUCACCUCGGCGCCACCCACCACAGCACUGCACCCGCAGGCGCUGCCGCCGCCGCCGGCGGCAGCGGGCAGCUCUUCCGGCCACCACCGCAGCUAUUCCAUCAGCGAGGGCGUGCCCACGGCCCCUCCCAGCGCAGGCCCUGGCGCAGCUAGUGGCCACCAGCCCUCGCGCUUCUCCGCCGCCGCCGCAACCGGCGGCAACCUGCUGGGCAGUACCAUGCCUGCGCCGUCCUCAUCGGCGCACCACAACCACCACCACGGCCACCACAACCACCAUGGGCAGGGGCACGCUGCCGCGGGCACACCGCAGCCCGCGUUCGCGCCGACGACGUCGCCGUCGCAGCAGUCGCGCCAGCAGCCAUCUGGGUCGGACCCGUUCGCCAGCCUCGCGCCGGCGGACGACCUCCUGGCCGGGCUCACCAUCCAUGCCAUGAUGGAGUCUUUCGCCACGCCCUCCGCCGCCUCCUCAACGGGCGGCGCGCCGCCCGCUGCCGCGGCAACCACCACCGCUGCCACGGCGACCUCGGGCACGGGCUCUACCAUUGACGACCUGUUCACCUUCAGCUCGUCGGCCACGCCGGGCAACCUGCCGCCCCCGGGGGCCGGCCACCGCCGGCGGCCUUCGCAGGCCAAGGCGGGCCAGGAGGAAGUUCUGCGGCUGUUCGAUGCGGCGCCCUCGACCAGCAGCGCGGCUGUUGGGGCGGCGGCGGCGGACCCGUUCGGGGACUUCCUGAGCGCGGCGCCGGUCGCUAACGGCCACGCGGCGUCGAACGGGCUGGGCCUCGCCGGCGUGCCCAACUUGUUGUGAGGUUGCUAGCUGCGACAGAGUGACAGUCAUGGGGCUAUGGAAUGCACGGGGUUGGGGGCGGGAGUGGCUCGGCGUCGUGGUGGUGCCCCAAACUGGUGAGCCUGCUUGGUAUCAGGGAAUGUAUGAAGGUGGGGGUUGUGUGGUUACAAUGGGGGGUGACUGUACGCUGGGUGAUUGCGGCUCUGCGCCUCGGGACAGGAGCUAGCCACCUGGUUGUGCGGCUACUGGCAGCAAGCAGCAGUGGUGGCGGCUGACCAGCACAGGAAUGCAUGGGUCGGGGCCGAGCGGGUUGAAGGUAUGGGGAUGUGGGACUGGGGCACUCGACGAGCCUUGACAGUGACAACGGACAAGUGAUGCUGACAGUUGUGGCUCGAAAGUUCCAAGUACGAGCGGUCAUGUUUGCGAAGCAGUUGGGACUCCAAAAUCGAACUGGGGAUGCGGAUGCGUGGGAUAACUACCCUAGGCAGUUUUACGUACGGUACCGUAGCGUGCGCUCGACGGGCAAGCGUUGAACGCGGCUGUGGUCACAUGUACAUGUGAUGACACAUAAGUGCGACGUACGUUACCUGUGCUGCUUGCGUACCUAUGCUGAGUUGCUUUGACGGUAAUGCUGGUCACGGAUACCUGGGGUGUUCGCCAGUGUGUACACGGCGAGGUGACUACGGCACGGUGGUGGCGACCCUUGAGUGGCUUGAACAUGACUUCCGCACUCGUGCGCGACUUCGUGCGUGGCGUGACGAUGGGUGCAGAGGGGGACGCUGGGGUAGGCAGGCAGAGGCACACGGAGGUUUGAGGUGUGAGGUCAGAAGGCGGAGCAUCGUCAGCGUUAGGCAGGCGUUAGGACACUGAAGUGGAAGGCAGCGGGAGGGACUGGGCCAGGCGGCAAGGCGCUGUGUAAUGCCGUACGAGA